AUGGUGAUGUAUUCAAAGGUUACGGCAACUGUCAUCCGCGGUCCACAAACACCGGAUGGAGCAUGCGCGUCGUGUUCUGAAACACGGAGAACAAAGAGAAAACGAUGGCGCGAAGGAAAGCAACAAAUUCACAAAGCGGGUCGAGCCCAUCAGUUUGAUCACUUCAUCAAAGAUGAAAGAGUCCGACCUGGGACGUCGUUGUUUCCAUACUCGACCACUCCUUGCUGUAACACUCAUAUCCGCAGAUUCAUCUGGACCUUCCCGUCGUCCUACGCAACUACAACCACGCUAUCCGAUACCAAAUCGCAAAAAUUGAUCGCCAUCAUCCCACAAAUCACCAUGAAAGAUUCAAAAGAGAUGAACGAGGAGAUUGCUGAGGUAGAGGAUCACUCUGCUUUGGCAGAGAUCCAUGCGGCUGUUUGCAUGGCAAGAGAUGCUCGAUUGGCUCAGAAAGUGUCUGACCUGGAUGCCUUGCAGGACCUACAUAACGAUAACGAAUACACGUUUACCCGGCUGGAUUUCGCUGCGAUCAAGUUCGAAUGCGGCAAACCUGAUCCUCUUUUCUUCACACCAAUCCCGACAACCCUUUAUCUAUACGAGGGCUGUCUGACGAGCGGGCUGGUCCAGGGAAACGACUGUUUGAAGUACUGGAUACACCCACCAGGCCAGGUCCUGGAUUUGAGGGACGAUCAAGUUACGAGGGUUCAUGUUCCCGGGCAGACGAUUCAUCUCCUGAGAACCGCCAAACAGCGAGAACGAAAGCAGAGCCAGGAAACCGCAGGUAUUCCCUUGGGAGAAUUCACUACACCGGUAAACCAGAUCAUCCAAAAACGCAUGUCUGUACCUUCACUUCUCCCGAAGCGUCAUCUCAAACCAGAAACACCCUCACCGCCGACCAAACCCUCCUCAUCACCUCCCGCCGCACCUCAGGCGCCAUCUUCAAAGCUCAUGCCAAGAAGGCCCGGGAAGGUCGGCUCAAGAAAGCCCAGGAGGAUUGACGCUUAG